AUGCUAGGGCCAGAGCCGCCGCCUUCUGCGAGUGAUGACUUGUCAGCGGCUCAGUCGCCAGGCGUUCCGGACCCAGACAGGUCGCCUCGGCCGCCCCAAUCACAUCCCCGCAAGCCUAUCAAGUGCCGCUUUUUUGCUUCCAAAAAGGGAUGCCGUGCUGGCGCUUCUUGCCCGUAUGUUCAUGAUGCUACUUCCGUGGCAUCAAAACAGAUCACAUCUGAACAGCGGUCCAGACCGGAGGAUGAGCCCCAACCUUCGGUCCAAGAUGUGGCCGCCAACAUCCAAAAUUUGACCGUGGGUGGAAAUCCAUCGACAAGUACUGCCCAACCUCAAAGGCCCGUGUCGAAAGUUGAACAGACGAAUCCAAGAGAAUUUCAGAUCAACCAGCUGAGGCGGCGCUUCCACCCGCAAGAAACAGGCAAUGAUCUGGGAUCAACUCUGACCUUUGGCUUGGCUCCAUCAGACCCGGAUUUUCCAUUUGAGCUGGACAGCUUGCAAUGUGUUCUUCAUGUCCCUUCUUCAUACCCAGGAAAAGGGCGACCCACACUGAAGGUCACGAACGCUGAUAUGGCCCCCGAAUACCAAGAAAAUGUUGCCAGAGGGUUUGAUGACAUGGUCGACUUUACUUUGCGCACAAGUGGUCAAGGGAAUCUGCUCAAUUGGAUGAAGUCUCUGGACAGACAGCUCGAGCGUUUACUUACAACCCUCGAAAGAGGCCCGAAACUGACAUUUAUCCCAAAUAUCGGUGGCAGCACUGAAGCUACAAGCUCUGAAAACGCUCAAAGCCUACUUCCAGUAUCACAUACCACAACAGCUGGGCCGAAGGUUGCAACGCAAGCGCCAAAAUCAAAACCGCCACCUGCGAAACCCACCUACACAGCCGAAGAAAGAGCGCAGGCUGAGAAACGACGGGCAACCGAGACCAAGCAGAUUGAAGCUCGAUUGGGAAGACUUCCCAUGUUUCAGAAAAGGCCAGAUGGAGUCUCUUUCAUCGUCCCCAUUCAGCCGACCAAACAAGACCGCCUACCUCGAACACUUCAAGCUGUCAAGACCGUGAAGUUGCUAGUGCCCCAACUUUAUCCGUUGGAACGUAGCUUUAUUGAGAUCCAAGGAGUCGACAGCACCGAGGCAAGAUCAGCGGAGGUGGGAUUUGCGCAGUGGAUUGAGCAGAAUUCCCAAUUGAAUCUGGUGUCUCAGAUCAACUACUUGGCCAGCAACCUGCAUAAUUUUGCCAAAACGCCACUUCCCGAGGAGCCUGAAGAUGUACCAUUGCCAGUCUUAGAAACUGUCCAUGAGCCCACCGAGACUCCCCCUGUCCAUGACGGUCUGGCAGCAGAUACAGAAGACCGACCACAUUUGCACGUCAUCCCGCGCCCGCCUGAAUGGUCUGUUCCAGAUGGAAAUAGUGGCGAUGAAACCACAGAGGAGUCAAGUUAUGACGAGGACUCAUUCGAGGAAGAAGAAGAGGAAGAGGAGGAUGGCGGCGCACCUAUCCCUGCAAUCCUGGACAAGCCUCCUGGAAAAGGUGUUGCUCUGUCAUUUCCUUUCCUGGAGCUGUAUGGCAUCGAGUUAUUGGAGCUUACCAAUCUCUAUAUCACGGUCAAAUGUGAACGAUGCAAAGAACCCCUCGAUGUGAAGAAUGUGCCGCAGGCCAAGGAUGAAAAGGAUGUUUCGCCGAAGAUGGAAUCGUGCAAGAAAUGCGCUAAUCCUAUGAGCAUUGCCUUCCGGCGACAGCUGAUGCAUUCUCAUUCCAAUCGCGCUGGUUACUUGGACCUCGAUGGCUGCACCGUAGGGGAUCUUCUUCCAAGUCAUUUCAUUCCAACAUGUUCCGAGUGUUCGACCGUAUAUCCUUCUCCUGGAGUGUCGGCCGUUCGUGGAGAAAGCGCUAUGGCGAUUUGCCGACACUGCCAUCGCAAGAUGGUCUUAAAGAUUCCAGAAGUCAAGUUCCUGGUUGUCGGGACCGCAGCGGUAUCUGGCCGCGGUGCUUUUCCUAUGAAGAAGAAGCGCAAGGAGGUCCUGGGUAUUGUUGCUGGCCAGGAGCUGCCUCGACGUGGCCGUUGUCAACAUUACGGGAAAAGCUACCGCUGGUUCAGAUUCAGCUGUUGUGACAAGGUCUUCCCAUGUGACAGAUGCCACGACGCUGAAACAGAUCAUCCCAAUGAACACGCCAACCGCAUGAUCUGUGGCUUCUGCUCUCGAGAACAGAUUUACAGACCCGAAGCCUGCGGCAUCUGCAAAGCAGUCCUUGUCGGUAAGGCGGGCAGUGGAUUCUGGGAAGGUGGAAAAGGGACCCGAAACCCGGCGCUGAUGAGCCGAAAAGAUCCUCGGAAAUACAAACGGCGAGGCGCAACCGUUCCUGGUGGUUCCAGCUCAUCGAAAAAGAAGUGA